AUGCGGUCCGCGACGCGCGUAACGGACUCCUUCUGCCAGCUCACAUCCCUGGAAACUUUUACCAUGAGCGAGUGUGGUGAAAUGGACCAACUGCCUAACAGAUUCUGCAAUCUCACAUCCCUCCAGACCCUGUGCAUUGUGCACAUAGAAGAAUGGGAAGACUUCCCCAUUCCAGAGUGCAUUGCAGGGUUUCCUCAACUUCAUACACUUUAUUUGAAGAGGGUUUCUGUGCAUCAGCUCCUGCCUUCACUCCCCCGGUUGACUUCCUUGACUCGGCUUGAACUGGACAGUUGUCAGAUGGAAGAAGAUCUCCCUCGGGAUUUGGGGAAGCUGAGUAACCUGCAGCAGCUGCAUAUCCGUUCCUGCCCAAUCAGGAAGCUUCCAGCGUCCUUCACUGCUCUCACCAGCCUGCAGACCCUCACAAUCGAGCAUUGCAAUCAGCUUACCUUAGAGCUCCCCAGCCGAGUUACCUUCCUGCCAGAUCUCUCUAUGUUGUUGGAUUUAAGGAGAUUGACUCUGAAGCUGUAUGGGACAGGACAAGGAGCAGCCGGAAUCGGCAGCAGCAGAUCACCUCGUUUGAACCGAUUGCAGAACGUGGAGUAUUUGAAUCUAACUCUCGGAGCGGCUGUUGAGAAGUUUCCGUUCCCGCGGUUUCCGUUCCCGCAGCUUCGCAUCUUGAAGAUUUCAUUUGGGGAUCAGAUUCAGCGGCUACCAAGCAAUCUCGGGUUCGAUCUUCCGCAGCUACGGUAG